GGUAUCCUUUACGGCAUCACACCUGAAAACCUCCGAUACGGCAUGGGAUGCACCCGCGUGAACCCUGAGCUGACGGAAGGACAGGCGUUCGGCGUGGAGGUUUUGUGCACCUUCUUGUUGGUCUUCACGAUCUUCGGCUCUACAGACUCCCGCAGGACGGAUGUUAAAGGAUCAAUCUCCCUCGCCAUCGGUCUCGCCGCCAUCUGCACUCACAUGUUUGGUAUCCCGUAUACGGGCUCCUCCCUCAACCCGGCACGCACCUUUGGGCCGGCGCUCGUCGUCGGUGGGGACGCCUGGGACCAUCACUGGCUAUACUGGAUGGCGCCCCCCGUGGGCGGCAUGACAGCAGGGCUGCUGUACUCGCAUUUCUUCAGGCAGAUCAAAGAACGCGACGUUGAAGUUGUCUACAGCAAGCAUGAAAUUCAACUCAAUGCGAUCAAUUAAAACUUGGUGCAUGUGGUAAAACUUUUGGUGUACUUAAACCCCUUCUCUUAAAAUUUAUUUUCCUUUAUUUUCAGUGCUUCUUUAAAAAAA